CAAGCAACCUAACUCUUAACCCAACUUCCGACACCAUGACCUGCUGCCAGACCAGCUUCUGUGGAUAUCCCAGCUUCUCCACCAGUGGGACCUGUGGCUCCAGCUGCUGCCAGCCAAGCUGCUGUGAGACCAGCUGCUGCCAGCCACGCUGCUGUGAGACCAGCUGCUGCCAGCCAAGCUGCUGCCAGACCAGCUUCUGCGGAUUUCCCAGCUUCUCAACCAGUGGGACCUGCAGCUCCAGUUGCUGCCAGCCAAGCUGCUGUGAGACCAGCUGCUGCCAGCCAAGCUGCUGCCAGACCAGCUCCUGCGGAACUGGCUGUGGCAUUGGUGGUGGCAUCAGCUAUGGCCAGGAGGGCAGCAGUGGAGCUGUGAGCACCCGUAUCAGGUGGUGCCGCCCAGACAGUCGUGUGGAGGGUACCUGCCUGCCCCCCUGCUGUGUGGUGAGCUGCACGCCCCCAUCCUGCUGCCAACUGCACCAUGCCCAGGCCUCCUGCUGCCGCCCGUCCUACUGUGGACAGUCCUGCUGCCGCCCAGUCUGCUGCUGUGAGCCCACUUGCUGAAAGCCAGUUUGCUUAUUUUCAAUUGCCUA